AACAGCAUCUAGACAUAAUAUUAGAUCUUUGAAUUUACAAAAGAUGGUCUUUGAAAGUGAUGUGCAAUGUGUUGAUAAUUGUAGAAUGGAUAGGAGAGCUUUAGCUAAAUUAUGUGAUUUGCUAAGGACUCAUGGUAACUUGAAAGAUAGUAGGAAUGCAACAAUCGAUGAGAUGGUGAUUUCUUUUCUUCAUAUAGUUGCACAUAAUAUAAAGAACAGAGUACUUAAACGUCAAACAGCUAGAUCUGGUGAGAUUAUUAGUAGACAAUUUCAUGCUGUUUUGAAUUCUAUUUUGAGACUACACAACAUGUUGCUUAGAAAACCAGAACCGAUACCAGAUAAUUCAACCGAUGAGAGGUGGAAGUGGUUUAAGGGUUGCUUGGGUGCAUUAGAUGGAACCUUUAUAAAAGUGAAUGUUGAAACAGUUGACAGACCUAGGUAUCGAACCAGAAAAGGUGAAAUUGCUACAAAUGUCUUAGGUGCUUGCACACCAGAUAUGCAAUUCAUCUAUGUAUUGCCAGGUUGGGAAGGAUCUGCAGCAGAUGGUAGAAUUUUGAGGGAUGCUAUUAGUAGAAGGAAUGGUUUAAAGGUUCCUCAAGUGGUAAUGGAAGGGAAAAAUACUGCAAUAAGAAAAAGGAACUCUACAACUAAGAGACAAUGGACAAAACAAUAA